AUGUCUUGUUCUACCGCCUCUCCCAAGCACCACACCUAUAGCCGUAAAGACAAAUCUCUGGGUCUCUUAUGCACCAAUUUCUUGAGCUUGUACAAUAAAGAUGGCGUCCACUUAAUCAGCCUCGAUGAGGCCGCUUCAAAGUUAGGGGUUGAAAGGCGCCGGAUCUACGAUAUCGUUAACAUAUUGGAAAGUGUCGGAGUGGUUGCAAGAAAAGCUAAGAAUCAAUAUACUUGGAAAGGCUUUGCAGCAAUUCCGGAGGCUUUACAAGAACUCAAGGAUGAGGGUCUGCAGGAGAUUCCAAAUUCCUUUGACGGUGGCAACGAUAAUGCAAAAGGUUCUGAAGACGAGGAGGAUGAAGAAAUAACAUUAAAUCCGAGUAUGGAAAAUCAGAGUGACAAGUCAAAUCCUAAUUCAUCCACUCUUGUAAAAUCUUUGAAGAAUGAAAACAGAAGGGAAAAAUCUCUGGCGCUGCUUACUCAGAAUUUUAUUAAGCUCUUUGUCUGCUCUAAUAUUGAAAUGAUCUCCCUUGACGAAGCUGCAAAGUUGUUGCUUGGAAAUGCCCAUAAUACAUCAAUAAUGAGAACAAAAGUCAGACGCCUAUAUGAUAUUGCAAAUGUGCUAUCCUCCAUGAACCUUAUUGAGAAGACCCAUACAAGAGACACAAGAAAACCAGCAUUCCGGUGGCUGGGCUUGAAAGCGAAAACAUUGAGCGAGUCAGUUGAGUCUGCUCACAAUUCAAAUAUCAACGAGUCAAGGAGAAGGAUGUUUGGAAAUGACAUCACAAACAUAAGUUUUAAGCGGAAUGAAGUUGAUUUGUUCAUGAACGGGGACAUUUACCAACACUCCAAGGUGAAAAAUAAACAGCAAAAUCAUAGUUGCCUGGCUCAGCCAAAGAAAAGCGAUUCACAACAAGAUGCAAAACAGACUUCAAGGAGCUAUCAGUUUGGCCCUUUCGCUCCAGAUUCUGUGCCCAAAGUUGGAGCUUCUAAGGACAAUAGUGUGAAGCGGGUGCAUGAUUGGGACAGUCUCGCAACUUUGCAUCGUCCACAGUAUCAAAACCAAGCUGUGAGAGACGUCUUCUCCCACUACAUGGAAGCAUGGAAAUCUUGGCACUCAGAAGUUGCUGGGAAAAGGCCAAUAAAUUUUUUGUAA